AUGGCGGCACUUGAAAGAUGCAACGUCGAUCAAGCAGGAAAUGACAGAAAGGAACAACCAAUUUCGAUUAGCAGUUCCAUGGUUCUUUUGUCUCCUCCUUCAGUUCGUCAAGGUUUCGGAAGCACAGAUCGAAGCAGAAAGAACGCAGAUAGCAUCUACGUGUAUGUACGCCCGAAAAUCGCUAAACGCAGCCAAUGUGUCUGUGUCUAUGCGUUGAACGAGGUGUCAAAACAGCAACAACCCAUAUAUCGUAGAUCAAUGUGCUGA